AUGUGGUUUAGCGCGAUCAUAUGCGGGGUACCUGAAUUGUAUGCAUACACAGUGUACGACAAGAAAUUGUAUAACCUAUCAAUAACUGUAUGUGGCUCCCACGGUCAGAACAUUCCCGACAGCAUCAGAUAUCUUGGAGUGGUAUUUACCACAUGUGUGUGUUACAUUGUGCCUCUAUUUCUCAUAACCGUAAAUUAUAGCAAAGUGGUCUUGUUUAUAUGGAAACGAGAACGUCAAGUAUCCCAUACAGUUGGCAAGUCAUCCUCCAUCUCCAAGGUGAAAGUAAAGAUAGUUAAAAUGCUGGUUCUUACGACGACUGCGUUUGCAUUGCUGUGGUUCCAUUUCUUUGCACUAUUGUCAUAUGAGAAACUCACUGGACGUGAUGACAGUACAGACAAUUGGACUAUAAUUCACAACGUAGAGUUGUGUGUUCUAGGAUUGAGUGCUGUGUAUAAUCCCAUCCUGUAUGGGAUAUGCAAUAAACCGUUCAGGAUCGGGUACGCGGCGCUUUUCUUUCGUUCGAAUCGACAAUGUGCCGUGCAACCUACAGAGACAAACAAUACACAGAGCGGUGACGAAGAAGUACCUACUACCAGUCAAGCGAGAGGACGUGUACCACAUAAACAGCAUGUCUCCAGUAAAACACACAGUAGCAUUGGUGAACUGUCUAUAAUCGCUACACCCGUUAUCAACAUGCGUUCAUCACUCCAUGUCAGUAGUUGGGAACACAACGCUACACGUGUACCCAGACAUCACAGCAAAGUGUGA